GUUUUGGCUGAAGACUAUAGUAGAGUUUAUCGGGGAAAAGAAAUUGUUAAUGAUAUGAAUGCUCAAUUGAAUAUCAAUAUCUCAUACCAUCAGGCAUGGCGUGCGAAGCAAUAUGCAUUGUUGUCGUUAAGGGGUACGAAAGAGGAUUCUUUUACCAAACUUCCGGCGUAUUGUCACAACUUGGCCAAACAUAAUCCGGGUACUGUCACACAUAUUAAAACAGAUGCUGAUGAUCGGUUUGAGUUUUUGUACGUCGCACUCGGUUGCUCGGUACGAGCUUUUGUCAAUUUUUGUAAGCCGACCCUAGUAGUAGAUGGAGCUCACCUAAAGGGCGAGUUCAAAGGUACCAUGCUACUUGCAGUUACUAAGGACGGACAAAAUCAAAUAUUACCGGUUGCAUAUGGUAUAUGCAAAAAUGAGUGUACUGAUUCUUGGACAUGGUUUUUUCAAAAACUACGUGAUUGCAUAGGAAAUAUGCAGGAGCUUACAAUUAUAUCUGAUAGGUCUCCAUCUAUAGCAACAUCCGUUGCCAACAUUUUUCCUCACGCUCAUCAUGGAAUAUGUGGUGUCCAUUUGUAUUUCAACAUAGUAUCUAGAUUCGGCAAGAGUAAGACGAUUAAAGGAAUUUUUUGGGAGGCGUGUAGGGCGUACACAGUUGAUGCUUUUGAUGUUGCCAUGGAUGUUAUGAAAAAGACAAAAGAACCAGUAUGGGAGUACUUAAAAAGUAUAAAUCCAGAAACCUGGUCAAGGGCACAUUUUAAAGGGAACCGAUACAAUCUUAUGUCGUCCAACAGUGCGGAGUCUAUAAAUGCAUUAUCUAGACACGCACGUAAGGUGCCAAUACUUAUGUUGAUUGAUUUUUUUCGUGCUACAAUGCAACAAUGGUGGUUUCAAAGACGUAACUUUGCAGGUAUUACGUAAAUUUGUAAUAUUAAUGUUUUAUUAGUUUCGAUGUUAUUGAUUUUAACUUCUUCAUUUUGGCUGUUUUUUUAGCGGAAGCAACAACAACACUUACCCCUUGGGCGGAUGAAGUUGUAAAAGAAAACAAGAAAAUUUUUACCAAAUGGGAUGUUCGCAUGAUCUCAAAUACGAAAUGCGAGGUCAAAAAGGGGGCACAAAAUGUGAUUGUUGAUUUUCAACAUAUGACAUGUACAUGUAGGCAUUGGCAACUUGAUGGGAUACCUUGUGGUCAUGUCAUAAGAUGUUUAACAGUGAACAAUUACCAAGACUGCUCGAGGUUUGCAUUAAAUGCUUACUUUACCGAAACACUGAGGAAAACAUAUGAGGAAUCAGUAAACCCUCUGCCGAAGCCAUCCGAAUGGGAGAUCCCCGAUGAUUUGAUGAUU